CUAACAUUAAGCGGUCGUGUCGUUCCCCAUUAUGGCUGAGUUCCCUAACGUUGGAAACCACUGUUCGUUUGAAACUUGUAAACAAUUAGAUUUCCUGUCGUUUGUUUGUGACAGUUGUACAAAAACCUUCUGUUUAGAACACAAGUUUCCUGAUAAACAUUCCUGUAGUUUAGAAUUUGUGACAUCAACAAAUCAGAAAUAUGAAGGUGUCAGAAGUUAUGAUUGUGUUUAUGAUAACUGUGAUAAAAGGGAGCUUAUGCCAGUUGUUUGUGAGAAAUGUCAUCUCAAUUUCUGUUUAAGCCACAGACAUCCCCAGGAACACAAUUGUACAAAGUUAGAAGUAAAAGAAGACAAAUGUCAAACAGCUUUGCAUGUACAGAAAAUUCUUGAGUCAAAACCAUCAAAGCAAGAUGGUAAAAAACCAAAGAAAGCAAGUAAAACUGCUGCUAAAGUAGCUCUGAUGAAAAUGAAAAUAAAAGCUACUGGAGAGAAGGGCACUCCAGAAACAGAAAAAGUUUAUAUGCUGAUAUAUCUACCUAAAACAUUGUCACUUGCUGCCAAACCUAUGUACUUUUCAAAGACAUGGAGUUUUGGUAGAAUUAUAGAUUUUGUUGCCAGUUCUGUUCAGAUGAAAAAUGAAAAUAACACAGGAAGUGAAAAGAAAUUAAGACUAUUUAACCACGAGAACGGCCAACUAUUACCUAUGGAGAAAACAUUAGACUCAUUGUUAAGUGAGGAAGUUAUAUUUAGUGGAUCAUCAGUGGUACUAGAAUAUGUUACCACCGAAUGUUGCCAGUUAGAGAAUACAGAGGACUAUAAAACAUGAUCCCAUCACUUUUUUAGGACUGGAAAUUUAGAAGCACAGGAGUACGUCGUACAUGGUAUUUUCUGAGUUUCAUCUUCAUGAAACAGAGAAAAGAUGAAAAGAUGAAAACAGAACUUAUUGUCUAAUUAAGUUGUAGACAGACCAAUGUAGAAUAUGUCCGACCUAAAAAAACAAACUUUGAUCUCAUAUUUGGGCAUCA